GGUUUAUUCACAAUGUAGUCGAUUGCCUGGGGAGAUGAAGCCAGUGUACCUGUCGCUUUUCAACAGGUACCUGCAGUUCCAUUUCCCCUCAUGGUAAAUUUGAUUUUCGUCUGAUUUCGAACCAGUUUCUGCAUUUCGCGAACGCGCAGUAGAGUCCGAAUACAAUAUCUUCAUCAUAACGGCCCAGUGGUCCAUUGUGAACGUGUCAAGUUCCAAAAAAUCGACCAGAGGUUCGAAAAUACAAGUCGAAUUGAAAUAUGAAAUCUUGGGACUUUCUGGCCAGUUUUUUUGGACAGUACUACACGUUUUUCAUAGCCUUCGUAGCUCAUUCUGCCUUCUUCACGAUAUGUGUCACAGCAGCAUGGACGUCUCCAGUGUUGGCCAAACUGGGCGAGAUGGAAGACAACCCUCUGGGUAGGCCCUUGACGCCAGAAGAAAGCGAUCUAAUUGGUUCCAUAUACUUCAUUGGAGCUUCUAUAGGUCCCCUACUCUGCAUAUUCAGCGUGGAGAGGUUUGGAAGGAAGAAGAUGCUUGCUUUGCUAUCAGCAAUAACACCCAUUUCAUACAUAAUCCUAACGUUUGCUGAAAAUGUUGAGCUUUAUUACUUAGCUAGGGUGCUUUUGGGGCUGUACGCUGGUGCAGCCUUGAGUAUAGAGCCUGUGUACGUCUCUGAGAUAGCUGGACCACAGGAGAGGGAGUUCCUCAUGUCCUGCGUCAGUGUUUUCAACUUCGGAGGCAUCCUGGCUUCGUACGCUGUGGGACCUUUCAUACCUCUCUUCUAUUUCAACAGUCUCAUAGCUGUGUUCUCGUUGACUUUCGUUAUUUUACUAGCUUUGGGCUGCCCAGAGAGUCCUUAUUACGUGAUGCAAACCAAGGGCAAAGAUGAGACUAGGGUUUUAUUGAAGAAACUACGCAGGGGCGAUGUGGAAGGCGAGCUACAAGCCAUAGAAAAAACCGUUGGGAAUCAAAGUAGAUCCUCGUACUUUGAAAUCUUCAAAUCGACGAAAAAUUUUAAACCCUUCGUACUGGCAACCAUUCCCUUGGUCCUACAGCAGUAUUGCGGUAUCACGCUGAUCGUUACUUACAGCCAGUUGAUAUUCUUACAGACUGAGAUCUCUAUACCGUCCCAUAUUUGUUCUAUUAUUGUCGUGUGUCUGCAAAUUUCCACUUCGUUUUUGACACCGACGCUGUUGAAAUCGCAGAAGUUCACUCAGAAAUCCUUGCUUUAUUUGUGUUUUACCGGUCUCGGUUUGUGCAAUUUAGUAUUGGGAUUCUUCUUUUUAUACGGAAAAGACGUUGCUUCUUUGAAUUUCCUGCCUCUCGUGGGACUCAUCGUUUUCGUCGUUUUUUACAACUGUGGUAUAGAUCCAAUACCAUGGAUUACCUUAGGACAGGUUUAUCCUAUGAAUAUAAACACUGUAGGCACAGCCUUGUCCACCAGUAUUUUCUUCAUUUCCAUUUUCCCCGUUUUAUACAUGUUUUAUAAAGUCGAUCUCAGUUAUCUUUUCUUGAGUUCAGCGUUCAGUUGUUUGCUGGGUUUACUGUACGCUAAAUUCAUUUUCACCGAGAAUUUCCACAAGAAAGAGGAGAGUGCUUGAUACGUAAAAACCAAUUUUGCUUGGUGAAUGUGAAAACGAUACAGUCUCGCCUUUAUUACAUUCGUUAUAAUGAAGUUCUGUGAUAAUUAACGUUAAGAUUCACAAUAUUUUAACUGAUAUAUUAUAGUUUUAUGGUGGUGACACAUAGUUUUAUAGUUGCGUUGCGUUUCCACAUCACUGCAUUGGUGAAAAUGAAUUCCUGUUAUACCAUUAUGAGAUACGCAAGAAACAGAAAAUUCUUAUGAGUUUGAAAUGAAAAAACAUAAGAAAAAAGAAAAUUAUAACUUGUAUUUAAUACUAUGUUGCUUUAAUCUAAAUUAUCAUGAUGUUAUGUUGAUGAGAAUAUACUUACAUGAAAAUUC